AUGGAUAAUAAUAUUUGGUAGUUAUCACCAUUAUUGUUUACAAAAAAUGAAUCUGUAAGAUUAAAUUAUUUAUUAAUAGAAAACAUCAAGCUUAAAUAGAAUUUGCCCUAAUCACAAGAAAGAAAUUAUUUUGAUUGAUAUGGACUCUUAAAAUAAGAAAAUUGAAGAUAGGUUUGCAUGUGUUGACUGCAUUCCUGAGAACCCAUAAAUUAAAUACUGUUCAAUCGAAACUAUUAAUAAAUAAAGGAGAGAUUACAAUUCAGGAUCAUAUAAAAUGUUAUCAGAGUAUCAAAAGAAAAGCAAAUAUAAAAAAACUAAUUAAUUCAAACUAAUUGCUUCGAUUAGAAAAAAUUGCAAUAAAAAGUUUAAUGAAAUCAGUGAAAAAUUUAUAUUAGAAUAGUUUUAAUCAUUUGAUAAAAGCAAAGAUACCAAAUAAAUAAAAAAUGUAACAAUUUAGGCUUUAAAAGACGAAUAAUUGUUAAAAGAUUUAAAAUAAUUAAUUAAUUAAUUGAUAAAAAAAAAUAACUUAAAACUAAUCAUUAAUUGA